AUGGUCUCCCUGUGGCUUCUGUCCUGCUUUGCCCUCCUAGGGGCCGCCCAUCACUGUGGGAGCCCCGCCAUCCCGCCUGUGCUGAGUGGCCUGGCCAGGAUCAUCCAUGGUGAGGACGCUGUCCCUGGCUCCUGGCCCUGGCAGGUGUCCCUGCAGGACGAAACCGGCUUUCACUUCUGCGGGGGCUCCCUCAUCUGCCCGUACUGGGUGGUCACCGCCGCCCACUGCCAGGUCAGUACGUCUGACAUGGUGGUGGCUGGGGAGUACGACCUGGACUCUGAUGAGGAGGACGUGCAGGUCCUGGAGAUCGCAGAGGUUUUCACCAACCCAGAUUUCAGCUGGGUCACAGUCUCCUAUGACAUCACCCUGCUGAGGCUGGCUACACCUGCGCAGAUAACCUCGACUGUGUCCCCUGUGUGCCUGCCCUGUGUCUGUAGCGACGUCUUUACUUGGGGCCCAUGCGUCACCACUGGCUGGGGAAUGUCCAGUUUCGACCCCCCUGUGGACCCCACCAAGCUGCAGCAGGCGGUUCUGCCCCUCGUGCCCACUGAUGAAUGCAGGAAUUACUGGGGGAGCCUUAUUACUGACCAGAUGAUCUGCGCUGGGGGCAGCGGCGUCUCCUCCUGCAUGGGUGACUCUGGUGGCCCCCUGGUGUGCCAGCACAAUGGAGUCUGGUGCCUGGUAGGCAUCGUGUCCUGGGGCAGUGGCACCUGCAACACCUCUACUCCUGCUGUGUACGCUCGAGUCACUGCGCUCGUGAGAUGGGUUCGGGAGAUCCUGGAGGCCAACUGCGAGUUUCACUGCCACCCCUUCUGCAAGUGUCAUCAAUAAAGCCCUCUGUUCAGAAACACCGACUGCAUGUGUCUCACUGUGUGACCCCUGGGGACGUGG